AGAGGGAUGUCGUCCGUCGCACACCCCCCUCGCCUCUCCGACUUCCCCUCCCGCUGCCGCCUUUGCUGUUUAAAUGGGCCAAGUUGGAGACGCGGCGGAGACGGCGAAUGGUGUUUGGUCAGAGAGUCUGUGAACUCCAGUGUGUGACAUGUUAGAGGGAUCCCCCAACGCAGCCCAUACCCCCGAGCGGCAGCACUGCUGGCAGAGAGGCAGGAGGCACCGCGUGUCUCUGCUCUGUCACUGGGAAUGAUCCCAAGUAACUGUGAUUAUCAGCAGCACCCCCAGUAAUUGGAGCGCCCGGCUGCAGGUGGAUGCCACACACAGGACCUCCGGCAAGUUACCUCUGCUGCCCACUUCGCGGAGUGGAUUAGCGGCCGGGGUCAGCACAGGGGAGAGCAGGGGGCACGGCGUGCGGGGAGCUGGGGCAGGAGGACACGGGGAGCCCCGGAGUGCAGCCCGCACAGCGGGGGAGGUCGAUAGGGGAUCAAUAAGCAGCAUGAUGUCUCCGGUGGCUCAGCCCUCUCCAGCAUGUCAUGUCUCAGCCGGGCUGGGAGGCAGAUCGGCAGCGGAGGCGCCGUGCGAGGAGGAGGCUCUGUGAAGCCGGAGACCCGGGGGAAGGAAGCCGCCGCCGCUGCCGCCCGGAGAGCGCAAAGGAGGAGAGAGGCGCAGUGGCCGGGGCAGCCCAGGGACACUAUGCCGGCCAUCAAGAAGGAGAGACCGGACCGCGAGGAGCUAGUCCUCGCCGCUUUCAACCAGCCCAUGGACACUAUCCCCGGGUACCUGACCGCUGCCAUCCCGGUGGUGACCCCGCACCCCCCGUCCUACCAGCACCUCUUCGCCCCCCACGCUCACCGUGCCUACCUGGGGCUGCAUGAGCCCCAGCACCCGCCGCUGCCCGACGACCUGAUGCUGGAGAGGUUCUCCUCCAUCCCCGACUUCCAGCCCCUCUUUGACCAGGGGGAGCCGUGCAUCGAGGUGGAGUGCGGGGAGAACAAGGCUCUGCUCUACAUCCAGAAGCUGUGCCAGGGCAGCAAGGGGCCGUCCAUCCGCUACCGGGGAGAGUGGCUCACCCCCAACGAGUUUCAGUUUGUCAGCGGACGGGAGACGGCUAAGGACUGGAAGCGGAGCAUCAGGCACAAAGGCAAAAGUCUGAAGACUCUUAUGUCCAAAGGAAUCUUACAGGUACAUCCUCCAAUCUGUGAUUGCCCUGGGUGUCGAAUUUCGUCUCCAGUGAAUCGGGGUCGUCUAGCUGAGAAAAGAACCAUCCCGCUUCCACCGAGCAGAAUACCUAAAAGGGAACCCGGCUCAGUUUUCUCCCCGGGGGAGGAGUGCCCCAAAGGCAAUGGAGAAACUCCGACUGUAAAGCUGGAAGAGGAUCUGCACAUCAGUAUCAUGAAAAGAAGGAUACGGGCGCAUUGGGACUUAAACAUCUCCUUCCAAGACACUUCUUACAGCCGUGAGAACGACCUCUCAAGCAUCAUCUCCAACCUUCACCAGAGCCACCAAUUCGUAAUGCCAGAGAACCAGAGUAAGAGAAACAGUCAUCAGCUGAGCUUCUCAUCCACCGAUCACUUUCUAGGAAAGAAACGAGAAUGCUCUCCCAACAGUAACAGCGAGUGCCCUCUGGAAAGCAAGAAAGCCAGAAGCGAGUCUCCGAAGGAAAACUCCCAGACUCCUCUGUUGGAGGAGCCAUUGGCUCAAAUGACCCCCGAGGAGCACUACAGACGUAUGAUGUCAGCGCUUAACGAACAUGGCAGCUUUGAAGAGCAACAACAGCGGCUCUACCAGCUGGCAAACAGUAUGGCAGUCCCUACUCACAGUGAUCUGCUUCGGGCACGACAAGAAGUGGCAGCUGCUGUUGUGCGGAACCCAGGAGCUAUGGAAGCUCACAUACCCACCUCCAGUAACUCCUCCAGCCAGCGAAGGAAACAAGGCCUGCCACAGCAUCGGGACACAUCCCACUUCACAGACAGGGAGAUGUCUCAUCCGCCUCCACUGCUGUCCCCACAGAAUGCACCUCAUAUCACCCUGGGGCCACACCUACGGCCACCAUUUCUUGGGGUGCCAUCAGCUUUGUGUCAGAGUCCAGGUUAUGGGUUCUUGCAGCCAGCCCAGGCAGAAAUGUUUGCACGACAGCAGGAAAUUCUACGGAAACAGAACCUGGCCAGACUUGAAAUGUCUGCAGAGAUUAUACGUCAGAAGGAGCUGGAGAAUCUGCACAGACAGCGGAUUUUAGCUAGUGACCCACUGAGUCUUCACCAUGGUUUACCCCCUGACCACCCUGCACUGCGCAACAUGCAUGAGCUCCCGGAGGGCCACCCUUUAAGAGAGGAACUAUCCAGAAGGAAUGCCAUGCUUGUACUCAGGCACAAUAACACCCCUCUGCUCUCCCUAAACCACCAAGGAAUCCCCAGCAUACCACCUCCUAAAGAAUCCCAGAGUGGGAGGAGGGCAAGUCGAAAGUCUGCACACCACCGGAUGGAGCCUCAAGGAAACCACGGGGAAGCAAAGGAACUCUUGGAGCAGCGUAUGCGGGAGGGGGCAUCUGAUGGUAACGACGAGGAGAUGAAAGAUUCAGAGAGUGAGGCGGAGGAGAAGACUGACAGCUUAAGAGCUGAACGUGGCGCCUCCUCCUCUUCCCAUGAACUACAAGAGGGUAAAGAUGCCCUUAAAGGAGGAGAGUCCAUAAAAGAGUCGGGUGACUCACACACUCACCAAAUCCUCACCUGCGGUCCUGCUGAGUCACCCACACAUCUCUUGGGACCAGGAAUCAGCAAAGGGGAGGGGAAAUAUUUGCCCUCCAGCUCAGUGCCUCCACCUCAGCCGCUUCCCUUUGGAUUUCCCUAUGCAGUCAACCCUUAUUUCCACACAGGUGCCAUGGGGGGUCUCUUCAUGGACGGAGAGGAGAGUGUGGUGCUGGAGGACCUCAGCAAAUGGACAGUGGAUGAUGUGUGCAGCUUUGUGGGCAGUCUAUCAGGCUGCACGGAAUACACACAGGUGUUUCGGGAGCACUGUAUAGAUGGGGAGACUCUGCCUCUGCUGACUGAAGAGCACUUACUGAAUAACAUGGGUCUGAAACUUGGCCCAGCACUAAAAAUCAGAGCACAGGUCGCUAAGAGAAUUGGACGAGUUCUGUACAUGGCCAGUUUUCCUGUGGCAUUCCCCCUACAGCACCCUAGCCUGCGAGCGCCAGACAGAGACCUGGGAAGCACCGAGAUUAGACCUCCCUCUACUGGCAGUGCCGGAUCUCCAUUCCCCAGCGCUCUCCUGCCCUCCAGCCGUAUCUCCCCGAAACAUGAGAAUGGCAGCACAACAUACUUAAAUGAACCUGCUAAAUCCCUUUCUUAACUGUGCCCUGUCCUAUAGCUGGAUAUUCUAACCGCUGCUUGCUGGAGCCGGAGCUUUGAAUCAGAAGGGAUACUUUGCUUCGGGGUAGCUGCUAUCCUUUCAGCUGCUUAAGACUAAAAUAACCCAGAGGGUUUGCAACAAAACAACAAAUUAAGCAAAGAAUGGACAACUUGGACGUAAAGUCCCUGCACCCUCAGUGGGUGAGACAGAUAGAUAAAUAUAUAUAUGUAUAUAUUUUUAUUUCCAGUGACACCUUUGUAAAGCGAUCAAAGAGAGGUGGACAAAUAUAUUCCAGAAAUACCUGGAAAACUGAAGACGAUAACAGGAGUAGGACAAGCAUAAGGAAAUUAGGGGGUUGAAUACAAGACAAGUCACAGUCAUACUUGGUCAUGCAUACCCUAUACCACACAUACUGCGGCCAGGGGAGGCAGGAAAGUACCCCACAUUCAGGGUAUUAGAACAGUGUAAUGGUGAAUUAUUUUAGACUAUGGACUUGAAAUGUGUUGUUAAGAGAAGGACAACAAUCGUGUUUUUCUCCUGUCUGGCUCUCCCUGCUUUCUUAUGCUGUCUAUGCAUCUCCAGCAACUUAAUAUUGUACCAAAGAAUAACCGCGCUGCCUCCUUCCUGGCUGGCGUCAGUACAGUGCUGGAAUCGGGUUCUACUUCAGUCUAUACUGCUUCAAGGGAUUGUUCCCACCAAUCCGUAAUGCUCGGCAUUCUGGGGGGGAAGAAAAUUAGACAGUGUCUCAUGCUUUCUGCCUUGAUUUUCUCUGCAUAUGUAUGUAGAUAAAAAUGGGUAUAGACACGAGGUGGACAAAGUCAACGUCUUCUGCUUUGGACAAUCCUUAAUCCCUGUGGCAGUGCUUUUCACAACAGAUGUUGGUCACUGUCACGGACCCGAGCCAGAGGUGGUACUGGUGAACUACUGGAAAUGGACAGAAAUACCCCCUCCCCCAAAGACUCUCAUAGGUAUCUCUAUGGUACUCACCCUUGUGUUGGUUUUUUUAAGGGUUUAUUUUGUUUACAUGUUUUGUGUCAUCUACUCAUGCUCAUUGACAGAUUAUGUUCAUUUUUAUUGGAAAAACAAAUGAAAGUAUAUCAGCGGUACAAUUAGCAAUUUUUUUGUUGUUUAUUAAGACUCAGACCUUAACAGCUCACCAGAAGAUGCUGCAUAGCAGCAAGUUCUAAUAAUAAUAAUAAUAAUAAAAACAAAGUUAUACAAGUGA